AUGAAAGUUGAAACCAAAACAUACAGAUGGAAAGAAAGUGAAAAAUAGUAGUAGAUAGUUUUCAGGUAGGGGGAAAAUUUUAACUUACACAUUCAUAUUAAAUGUGUUUAAGAACUAUUUAAAAUGACUGAUGAAAAACAGGCCCUGGUAGAAAAAAUCAUUAAAGAUGUGCAUAACGUUUUGUCGAAAACAGCUGAGUUAUAUGCCUUCGAUAUUGUUCCUGUGGAAACGAAUUUUAGGAAUAAGUCACCCGUGAUGUGCAUAGAAAAUUGCCUGGGUUUGGAGUCCUGGUGUGUGAAACAAGUUUAUUUGCACUCUUAUACUGAACUAAUGGAUAAAGCGUGUUUUCAAACACAAAAGAAGUGCAGACAAGUUUUGGAUUCUGAAACAUUAUUAAGAUUACUUAAUGUCACCCUCCUUAUCAAUCCUGAUCUCUCUGUAUUAUGGAAUAAAAGAAGAGAAAUGGUUCAAGAAUUACUACUUGACAAAUCAUCCGAAUUAAAAUUUACGAGAUUAGUUUUAUCAAGAAAACCAAAAUGUAAUGAUGCCUUUGCACACAGAAGAUGGAUAUUAGGAACAUAUUUAAACAAUCACCAGAUAAAUUGUUUGGAGAGUUUAAUUAACACAGAACUAAUUGUAUGUGAUUUAACAGCAGACAAAUGUUCUAAUAAUUACCAUAGUUGGAGUCAUCGCUUAUGGUUUAUAAACAAGCUAAAAAACGUCAUAAAGCAAAAUGACAUGCAUGCAUUAUACAUAAAAGAAUAUAACUUUUCGGAGAGGUGGAUGUCAAAGCAUGUUUCAGAUUUCAGCUGUUUCCACUAUCGUCAGUUUUGUAUAAAAAAUAUCUACAACUUAAGUAACUUAUCUUGGAAAACUUUUGAGAAUUCUUCAGAUAUAAAUUUUCGUAAAGUGCUUGUUUGUCUCCUUGCUAAAAAUUUUCCUAAAGAUAAGACAAUUCAAGCAUCAGAACAAGACUUAGUUUCAUAUUCCGAAGAGAAUCUAAUGAAGCUUUUGCUUUCUUAUAAUAAUAGUUGUUCCUGCAAUAUUGACAGUGUAUCAUUAUGUAGGAAAUUUGAGCUACUAUGCUAUGAACUGACACUUAAUAGUGAGCUGGUCCGAUUCUAUAAACAUCAUGAGAGUAUGUGGUAUCAUAGACGCUUUAUAUUGCAUGAAAUUAUUGAAAUGAUGUAUGAUCAUUUUGGUUUGUUUCGACAUAAUGGAGUUCUUGUAAAAAAGAGCUGUAAAUAUUGUAAAACAACUGAUCUAAAACAAAAACAGGCAAAGAUAAUUCGAUCUCAUGGUGACUGUUUGUAUAAAAGUGUUCUCUUUCAAACAAUAAUAAAACAUGAAAAAAAAUUUAUACAAGAAAGCGAAGAAGACAAACAUGCAGUUAGACAUGAAAAAUAUUUGAAGCUUAUUCAAGGAUUAAACAAUCUUAUGUAAUUUCAUUGAAGAGAGAACCAAACCGGGGUCACUAUGACCCUAAAAUAAGAUUGAUACAACUCUUUUUUCGAUACCCUGACACAGAGCAAUAUAAAUGCUCAUACAAUUAUAAGAUAUUUAAAAACAACAAUUAAAAAAUCUUGGUUGGCUAUGAGCUCCUUUUUUCUGCUGCAAUUUGACAUCAAAUGUUGCUAAUAAGUAGCCAACGCAACUCUUUCCAAAAAUUCCUGGAGCGAUUGGGUAUUCUGAGAACGCACUCUCGAGGGUUACGUCGCUGUGGAUUAACUUCAUCGUAUUCCAGGAUAACGGGGGAUACCGCCCGCUACUACUGUCUGUAGCAUCGAUAUUAGGAUUCCUACAACUUUUGUAUUAUAUAUGGAUUUUAUAUUGUAGCUUAGUAUUAUUAUUGUACUAUUUAUGCAUACUUAUAAAUUGGUUUUAAUAAAA